AUGCCCAGAUCGCACAAGCACUCGCUUCUCAGUGUUCCGCAGCUACACACCGUCAGCAGGUGUAACCAGCUAUACAUCCAAAAGGGCAGGAGUCAAAGUAUCUUGGAAUAUUUCGAUAUCACCUUCGGGGCCAAGUUCAUUGUACUUGAAUGCACCGGCGACAAGAACAUAUUCACAGUCCAAUACCUCGUGGUGCAGAGUCAGGUGCAUCCCGGAAAAUAUUACUGGCUCGUUGGAAGAACACUCCGUUGGGUCGUCGAGGAAGGGCUUCAGUUCAAGACCCGGACCGUUCGCCGCAGACUCGACGAGCUAUAUGAACAAGUAAGAGAUCCCAAGACCCGUGCUCAUAACUCUGCGUGUCGAGUGUCCGUCUUUCUGAUGGAUUACUUUACAAAGAUGUUGAACGGCAUGGUGAAGGAAGCUGCCGAUCACGGUUCGCUAUUGACCGAGGAUCUCUAUCGCUGGAUCCAUAACCUCGCCAGAUUCUGCGACGAGGUCGUCCGACAGCAUAAGUCGUGCGGCAUCCCACAACACCAGCAACUCGUCUCCAAAGCUUACGGCAGACUUUUAAAUGUGAUUACCAAGUCCAAAAUCACCAUGAACCAAGCCCCCCUUCGCGUUUCACCCCUAUGUAUCUACGAAGACUCUGACUAUUUUUAUGAAAAUGACCAUCGCACCAUGCCUUCGCCCACUUAG